UUCACACAAACUGUCCACUUUAUUUGGGAAGGGGGGUAGGCGGAAGAAAGUGGGUCCUGUUUUGUGUCAGUCUUUCCAUAAUAUGUUGGUGGGGGAUACAGAAAAAAUACUUGUCUACGUUUUACCUUCUCAGUAAGUCCCUGCCACAUGAAACAAUUCCGAUUCAUUGAAAGUUUUCAACCAGAUAGGAAAAGCAGUGCGUAAAGACGCAACAAGAGCAGCAGCGCAGGCCAAGACGGCUAAAGAGCCUCUCUGAUUCCCUAUCGGAUUCAAAUCAGGACUCUAUCUGGGCUACUUCAAAACGUUGGCAUUACCUCAAGUCAGAAGAAACAUGUUGAUUUGUGCGUGCCAAGAAAAAAAAAAAGAGGGAAGCGAAAACAUGGCUGGUUUGAUGGCAGGUUUUGGUCACUACACCCAUGCGGUCGUCCGGGGAAUCCCCGCGUCCCUGGCCAAAGAGGCGCUUAGGACCAGCCAGGCGGAGGUGGACCUGACAAGGGCGCGGACAGAACACGAGGCGUACGUCGGGGUGCUGCGGAAGAGACUCGAGCUGGAGGUGGUGGAGCUCCCCGCGGACGAGUCGCUCCCGGACUGCGUGUUUGUGGAGGACGCGGCAGUGGUGUGCGGCGAGACGGCGCUCAUCACCAGACCCGGGGCGGAGAGCAGGAGGGGAGAGACUGAGGUGAUAAAAAAGGCUCUAAAGGAUUUAGAUUUGAACAUAGUGGAAAUGACUGAUGAGAAUGCAACACUGGAUGGAGGAGACGUUCUGUUUACAGGUCGAGAAUUCUUCGUCGGCCUUUCUAAACGGACGAAUCAGAGAGGAGCUGAGAUCUUAGCCGAUGCAUUUAAGGACUAUGCUGUUUCCACUGUGCCUGUGCUGGAGGGGCUACACCUGAAGAGCUUCUGCAGCAUGGGAGGACCUGGGCUUAUCAUCAUUGGCUCCAGCGAACCAGCUCAGAAAGCUCUUAAAAUCAUGCAGCAAAUGAGUGACCAUCGCUAUGACAAGCUGACGGUACCUGAUGAUAUUGCUGCCAACUGUAUCUAUAUGAAUCUGCCCAACAAGGGACACGUGCUUCUACACUGCACAGUGGAGGAGUUUCCAGAGAGUGUGAAGGUGUUUGAAAAGCUGAAAGACCACAUGCUGAUUCCUGUGUGUAAUUCGGAGAAGGUUAAAGUGGAUGGGGCCCUCACAUGCUGCUCUUUGCUCAUCAGCAAGAAGGCAAACAUCUGAGCAUGCUGACAACUGGUCUUUGAGUGCAUGGUAAUCAAGCACUGAUGCUAGCAAACAGCUCACUUAGAGGACCGAUAAGCACCUUCAGUUUUUUUUAUUAGAUAACAUCUAAAGGUAGACAUCCUGUCAUUUCUCCAGUACACUGAAAUUACAUAAAGACUAAUUAAAGCGGGAGAGUUAGAUGAUAAACACAAAAUGGGUCUUUUAGGAAAUCAAGAUUGGAUAUUGAUUUUGAUAUUUUGCUCCAACUUCUAAAUUGACAGUAUUCAACAUCUGAUUCAAGAUCUGAUUUAAAAUCAGUAGAGGAAUGUCUGUGCCAUGUUGAUUGACAUCCUUGAACUGGCUGAGGAUUCAUAGCUUAUGUGAUGACAAAUCUGUGAAUAAAAUUCAAUGUUUAUGACCCUUACAGAGAACCCCACUAACAAUAGCACUGACACAAUAGAUUAUUCUGUCAAUGUAAGUUGAAAGUCUUGCAACGUCGUUCUGCAGAUCUGUAAGAUACACAAUUAAUGAGAAAGACGUGCAUAGAGUUAGUUUACAUUGUUUUACAUGCACCAUUUAACUGUGAUUUACCUUUUGUGUGGUCUUGUGCCUAAAUAGUACAAUUAAGACUUAUUUUUAUGUGUUCUGGACCAAGAUCAAAGACAUUAGUUCAACUGUAGCCUAAACCAUGGUUGCAAAAUCUGUUUUGCUUUAUAUUUACAUAUUCACUGCAAAAUGUAGAUUGUUUCCAUACACUUGGUGCUGAAUCGUAUUCUGGAACCACAUAAAUGUGUGUUUAAAAUCAACAGUGUAGCAAAACAUAGCAGAUUCUGGAAAUAGGCUAUUUAAAAAGCUUGAAAAGUCUUCUGGUUUAAUGAUUGUUGUGUUCUUUUUUUAAUCCAUUCUUAUUUUGAUAUUUAAAAUUUUGCCAUUUAGAAUCAUCGCCAUUAUUACAUUUAAUAUCUGUGGUUUACAAAUCUUGGCUUGUAAAUUGCAGUUUGCUGUGUGAUUCUAACAGAGCCAUCAAUAGUUACAGCAUUUAUGUUGCAUAAAAUAGAGACAAAUUUAAUAUAUAUUACGCCAAUCAUGCAAAGGUCAUGAAUAUAGUGCCUUUCAUUCAUACACAUUAAACUUUUUCACUUUUUGUCAUGUGACAACCACAAAUAUUGCAUUUUAUUAGGAUCUUAUAUGAUGGACCAACUGAAAGCAGUGCAUAUUGUAAAAUGGAAGAAAAACUGACACACAGUUUUUCUUUUUUUUUUCCAAAUACAAAUCUAAAAAUGUUGCAUUUAUUAGGAACCAACCCUUAUUACUCUGAUACCGCUAAAUAGCAUCCACUGCAACCAAUCGCCUUCAGAUGUCACCUAAUGGGUUUAAAGUGUCACCUUUGUGUCAUCAUUUUCAAUAUUUUGUCUAUAAAUAGCCCAGAACAUCACAAAGGAUACACCGGAGUCACGCUCUGUUUGAACUGUUACUGUCAUGCAGAUCAAUUAAAGCAAGGACAAGCAGGUUUAACGACAUUCUCUGUUCAACACCAAUAACUAAACUCAAUACAGCCAGAAUGUAAAGGGAGAUCCAAUAAUGGGAAUUGUGCAAACAGUAAGAAUGAGUGAAUGUGUGUUUUUAUUUGGCUUUUAAGAAACUGCUCUUUGGUACUGAUGAAAUAGCUUUUUCUCAAUUUGUUGUACUUGUGACAAUAAAGGAAAUUCUGUUCUGUUCCUUAGAAAUACAGUUGUUCUGUAAAGGCCACAGAUUAUAGACUGUUAUUAAACAACCAUGAAGAGUAUAGAAAUCAAUAAUUUUGCAUCAGACAUAAAAGUGUAAAGAAAUUUAGGUUACACAACAAGAUCCUUAUGAUUUGAAACCUUCAAGGACCACUGUUCAACCCAUCAUCCAAUGAUGGAAAUCGUGUGGCACAACUGAAUUGGCCAUUGAUGUAAACUGAUACGGUGAGCAUUGAAAUUAACCAGAGAGGCAGCCAAGUAUUCCAUUGUACGUCUGCAUUUGCUGCAGAGAUCCACGCCUUAGGUAGCUGAAUCUGUUGGCAGCACACCUGGUCAUGCACUCCCCAAUUUAUGGAAGAGUGAUCAAAAGAAAGGAUUUGUUGAAAGAAAGACCACAUGCAUAAUGUUUACCACUUACCACAAGCCAUGUAGGGGACACAGCAAACAUGUGGAAGAAGGUAUUCUAGUCAAAUUAGAACAAUCUUGAACUUCUUGACCUCCAUGUAAAAUGCUUUGUGAGGCAAUAUUUGCCCGUCACCUUGAACAAACCAUUCCCACCAUGGGUAUAACAUGAUGCAGGACUAUUCUGAAAUAAACCCUGACUGGGAUUGAGGUUCAUGCAUUACUUUGUGUUAGAAUAUCACAUACAAUUCCAGUCAACUACAUUCAAAUUUGUGGUUGUAACACAACAAAAUGGAAAGGAUUAUAUUAAAGGCACUGUAUGUUAUAGCGUUAUUUACUCAAGUUUUUAUUCAAAGCAACACAGCCCUUCUUCCUACUUGUACCAGUGCCUUUGUGGAAAAUCAAUGACUUUUCUCCCGCUGAAUGACUCUGAGGUUGCUCCACUUUCCCCAACAUCAUUAGUUCUGCCUGUGUUUUUGAUUACACUAGUUGUUUGUUAGUACUGUUUGGCAGUUUUUCCUUCAGAAACGGAUGUAUGCCAUCCUGUCAGCCCCCUUUGUUGCAGAAAAUCCAAAAAGACCAAAUGUGAUUGCAGUCAGUUUUCAGAAACAGUUUGCCACAACACUGUGAUGUGUUUCCAGUAUGAGCCUACAUCAUGUUGUUGCUGCUUUAAUAGCUUCAUUUCUGUUGUUGGCAAAUUCAUAUUUGAAGCCUGUAAACAUGACAACACGAUAAAUACAAACAUGUGUUCUACUAUAUACCAUAACCCUGUAUGUCCAUCACAUCUGAGGCUGCUCUGCUUCUCGGUGUGAUUGUCUGUGAAAGUUGAGGAAAUGACAUCAGGAGGUGACUCAACCUCCCCCCAUAGACUUUAGGGUAUGGGCAAGUGGGCAGUGAUGAAACAUGGAAAGAAUUCAUGUCGGGAGGAAAAGCUGCUUGGGGAGUAAACACUGGCUCUUUUAAAAUUUCUCCUUCUCUUGCCUCUCACUUAGAACACAUUCUGUCCGUCACCUUUCUCCUAAUACCUCAUGGAGAACUUUGGGCUAAUUUAUGACCAUGGGAUCCAUACAGCCUGGCAGACACUGUGGAUGUGAUAAUCUACUGCUGGUGGGAUAGCAAACAGUAGUUGGACAGAAGGUUUUUAUUCUAAUGCUUUAGCUACAGUAUGAUGAUUCAGAUUGUACUACAAAACUGAUUGCAAUUGUUCUACAAAAUGUUCCAAAUUUGGGCUCAGAUAAAAUAUCUUAAAGCUGUUAAAACAUCAAACAUGUAGGCUUUUCAUAAUUUUUUGUAUGCCCUCAUCCAUCCCCAUUUGUUACGGUGUUGUUGUUCCAUCUCAGGUGUUUUGAUUUUAAUUCAAACUGUCGGACUCCUCUGUACUUGAGCCUUUUUCUCCAGUUUUAUGAAUAAAUAAAGUUCACAAGAUCAGAAA